CAGGGAUGGCUUCGUGCCCCCUCCUCCUCUCCUCACUACACAGUUGGUGCUGAAAAAGUUUUAGGAACUACGAAUGUCAGCGUACCUGAGGGAUUUAACCUAUCUAACAAAGACUGGAAAGAGACUGAGGAAUUUUACUUGUGCAAGGAUAGCUGCAAGUAACCAAGUGAAUGAUUUAAAUGUACCCGAUUUUUAUGUAAUUGUUGUCUGGGAGGUUAGUACAUUUUCGGUCAGGUCUCGUCCACUCUGUGUUCUAAUCCUUGUGGAUAGUUUUGAGGGAUCGAAAAGAACUGGUGAAAUGGCGGAAACUAAAAUAAUCUACCACAUAGACGAGGAGGAGACGCCGUAUCUAGUGAAGAUUCCUAUUCCAUCUGAACAGAUUACACUACUGGAUUUCAAACAAGUUUUGAAAAAGCCGAAUUAUAAAUUUUUCUUCAAAUCGAUGGAUCAGGAUUUUGGUGUAGUGAAAGAGGAGAUUUCAGACGACACCGCUAAACUACCUUGCUUCAAUGGAAGAGUUGUGUCCUGGCUGGUGUCCUCAGACAGUCCCCUUGCGGAGCCCCAUCCCCUCCCGGCGGAGGUCUGUCCUGAGCCCUCUCCGCCACCUCCCCCCCUGCCCCCCCUCCCGGUGGAGAGGACGGGGGGCAUCGGAGACUCCAGACCCCCCUCGUUCCAUCCUAAUGUGGUUGGUAGUGUCGAGAACCUGGAUGAGCGUACCGAGACCGAGUCGGUUGUGUCCUUCAGGAGGGAGAGGCCCAGAAGAAGGGAGAGCACAGAUCAGCACGGGCCACGGAUGAAUGGUCAGAGCCGCCUAGAGCGUCACCUUGCAGGCUACGAGAGCGCCUCCACAGUCAUGAGUAGUGAGCUGGAUACCACCAGCUUCUGUGACUCGGACGAUGACACCAUGAGCAGGUUUAGCAGUACCACGGAACAGAGCACCGCCUCUCGGCUACUGAAGCGCCACCGCAGACGCCGGAAGCAGCGCCCCACCAGGCUGGAGAGGGCAUCUUCGUUCAGCAGCGUGACAGACUCCACAAUGUCCCUCAACAUCAUCACCGUCACCCUCAACAUGGAGAAAUACAACUUCCUGGGUAUCAGUAUCGUGGGCCAGAGCAACGAGAGGGGUGACGGGGGCAUCUACAUUGGCUCCAUCAUGAAGGGAGGGGCAGUGGCUGCUGAUGGACGGAUUGAACCUGGAGACAUGCUGUUGCAGGUGAACGACAUCAACUUUGAGAACAUGAGUAAUGACGAUGCUGUCCGUGUGUUAAGAGAGAUUGUACAUAAACCUGGGCCAAUCAUCCUGACAGUAGCUAAAUGCUGGGACCCAUCACCCCAGGGUUACUUUACCCUCCCACGCAUGUACACCCCCAUUGUCCUCCCAGAUGAGCCGAUCCGUCCCAUAGACCCGGGUGUGUGGGUGAGCCAUUCCGUGGCGCUUGCGGGGGCCUACCCUCCCUACCCUGGCAGCUCCUCUCUAAGUACAAUCACCUCAAACUCCUCCGUGACUGAGACGGAGCGUGAGUCCCUCUGCCUGUCUCUGGCCCACAAAGGUUUCGAUGACUUUGAUCUCUCCCUCCACUCGGACAUGGCGUCAGUGGCCAAGGCCAUGGCGUCCCCGGAGUCUGGUCUGGAGGUCCGUGACAGGAUGUGGCUGAAGAUCACGAUCCCGAACGCAUUUCUGGGUUCUGAUGUGGUGGAGUGGCUGUACCAACACAUCGAGGGCUUCCAGGACCGCCGGGAAGCCAGGAAGUACGCCAGCAACCUGCUGAAGGCCGGCUUCAUCCGACACACCGUCAACAAGAUCACCUUCUCGGAACAGUGCUACUACAUCUUUGGAGACUUUAGUGACUGUGAGAACUACAUGGCGAACCUGUCCCUGAACGACAAUGAUGGAUCCAGCGGCGCCUCGGACCAGGACACCUUGGCCCCCCUGCCCCUCCCUGGGGCCACCCCCUGGCCCCUGAUGCACACGUUCCCCUCCUACCAGUACACUCCCAACCCGUACUCCACCCAGCCGCCGCCCUACCACGAGCUGUCCAGCUACAGCUACGCCCCCGGCAGCACAGGCAGCCAGCACAGCGAGGGGAGUCGGAGUAGUGGUUCCACCCGUAGCGAGGGGGAGAGACGGAGGGGAGGGAAAGGUGGAGCAGGGGCCGGUGGGUCGCCGGUGGGCGGGGACGGAGGCCGGGCGGACUCUCGCUCAGGAAGCGGCAGCGAAUCGGAAUACUCGGUGCGGAGUAGCCUGCGGAGGGGCGAGCACGGGGGCUCGGCCACCCCGAGCGAACACAGCCACCACAGUCACAUGAGCCAACGCUCCCACCACCGUGCCCCUCCCCCGCACCUCGCCUUCCAACAGGGCAUCCCGCUCUCUUACAAUCCCAUGAUGCUAAUGAUGGUGCCCCAUCACCCGCACACACACCCACACGCCCUCCAGGGCCUGGGGCCCACUCACCCUCAGAUGGGGCCUAUGGGGCCCUCUAUGCCGGGCUUGGCUCCGGGUGCCACACCCGGCGGACCUCCAGGGGCGCCCCCGACCCGUGACCUGGGCUCGGUGCCCCCGGAGCUGACCGCCUCACGCCAGUCCUUCCACUUGGCCAUGGGCAACCCCAGCGAGUUCUUUGUGGAUGUCAUGUAGUGAAUGUGACAAUGUGUUUCAAAAUGGCACCUUCUUGACUAUAUAGCGCACUACCUUCAAUCAGAGGUCUGGGUCAAAAUGUAGUGCGCUCGAUAGGAAAUUGGGUUUACAUGGUGAUGAUACUAGUGUGCGAAUGGGAAGGGUGCACGUUUGCAGCACCUACCAACACGAGUGCAGGCGGUGGAUUCAGGGUACAAGCAACAUUCAACAAGUUGCUUUCAUUCAUUUAAACUUCGAACUCUUUGGAAAGCUAAGCCUAAGCCCAAAAAAAGAAGAGCUCCCUUUUAUCUCUUUGCUAUUUCAUCGGUUAGCCUCGUUUAAAAGCAGAUAUCUGACGGGACGGAGUUCUUAGUUUCCUUAACGUGUUUUAACUGUGCCAUAUUUUACGAGUACAACCAUUGAUAUGACCUGUUAUCUAAGAAGUCAUACACUUCUGUAGUCUACCGUAACAAAUACUUCUGUCAUGCUGUCAAUCACAUGGUUAGCCAGGUGCCAGAACUGUUUGGCGUUGCCUUGCCAACUGUCAUUGUCAUGCCAAACAUGACUACAGCACAAAUGGAUGUGUGACCAGGGUAGGAAUCAUUGCAUUCAGUUUAAAAGGGCUCCCAUGCUCCGUCUCUACUUGUUUGGGAAGGAAAACAGCCAUUUAUCCUUAUAAUACACAUUUCAACAACAUUGCUGGUUAUAGUGGUUUAAAUCUCUUUGGUGUAUCAAUGAUUUAAAAUCUUAGGAACCCAUUUUAACAAAAACAUGUUAUAUGGAGAGAGAAAGUGUUUUGUUUCAGCACAAUAACCAGUGAUGUUGUCAGUGGGAAAAAUGUAUGGCGGUUUUCUCAUUUCUCUAACCAUAAAUGGGAGCAUUUUGCGCACUGUAGGAUGUUUAUUUACUGACUGUUUAAUGGCUAGUUGGUCACUUGCAGUGAGUGUUUGGUGAAGGACUGAAUAUGUGAGGGUUUUUUCACCCAUCAGAAAAAUUUGGCUUCAUCACAUGUAAUGGGAAAUGACUAGAUAUCUCUCAGUAUGAUUGUUGCUGUUCAGACUGACAUGAACAUAGGUACUUCCUCAUUAUUGUCAAUUUGUACAAUACUGGGACAGAAAAAAGUUUAACUUAAUCAAUUGUACAUAGUUCAAUGUCACAACCAUUACGACCACUGCCACAAAGCUGUGAUCCUGUCUUAAACUUUGUAGAAACGUGUCGUAUGUCGUAACAUUUUACUUGCGGGAUGUUUACCUUCACAGAGUACUCAAGCACAUCCCCACGUUGUAAAAUGGAGCAUAUCACGACUAUAGCCUAUAUAGAAGGUUGUUAAUGAGGUGAUUAGCCUAACUGGGAGAUCAGUUGUGCUGGUGGAACAAGCUAAUUGAUCUUGGUAUAUGGUACUAAACACAACCAGCUGGAAAAAGUAUUAUAUACAACAUGUAUGUAUGUUUGUGUACAUUUAUUAAUUCAUGCAUUUAACUUGUGACUUUUGGAUAGGACAAAUAGCAGUAGGAACGCUUUCUGAAAACUCUGUUAAGCGCAGGGUUUGCAUGAACACACGCUCGAGUCCCAGUAUUCACCAAACUUCACAGUGGAAUGUACCGAUCUGGGAUCAGUUCCCCCACCUGUCCAUUUAAUACAAAUCAUGGUGACUGCCAAAAAGACCAAAGUGAUCCUGGAUCACCACUGCUACUCGGAGACUCUUCACGAAUGCGAACCCAGGUAUUAAGGAUGCAUCACCUCUAUGGUAAUGGAUGAGCCACCCCAUACUGUCAUGAUUUGCCCAACACUGGUCGGACAGCUUGACGCUGUGUUUGAAUUGGCCCGGUAGACUUUGAUAGCCGAUUACUGACACCUUAAAUAUUGUACUCCUUGAGAAAUGGCACCUCUGACAUUAGAUUGAAUGUAGAGUGAGUACCAGCCCCUAAAAUAAGUACCGUCAUCUAGUUCACUUUAGUAGCUGUGUGGAUGACUUGGAGAUAGAUGCUGGUACUGAGAGCAGUUUUUGGGUUAACAGACUGGUUAAACCUGAAUGAAAGCUGUACUCUCCAUUAUUUCCAGUGCUGCAUUCAGUCUGCUUUAAACAGGCUAUGAAGAAUGUUUCUUUUUUGAAAGGAAAAAUACUUUAAUAUAGCUCUGAUCUCGCACUCCUAUCCACAUUGUUUUGUAACGGAGUGGCAUACUACACGUUUUCUAUGUACAUUUAUAUAAGCGAAUUAAAGGUGCUUGAUGAAGA